AUGGUCAACGAGAUUGAUAUCGCUCGAACUUCGAGCCACAGCUCUUCGGGAGCCAAGUCCUCUUCCAAAGAUCAUGCUGCUACUCCUGGCAUCGAAGAGCUCCACAAUGUCGAGAAGAACCUCAAGAAUGAUUUCCUCGACCACCGCAUCAAUGACCCCAACAUGGAGACCGAAAAAAUUGACGCUGUCGAGCGAGUCAUCGAGCAGGGCGACUACAAGGCCGAGGCUCAGAUCGAGGAGGAGCUCGAGGAGGACUCGCCGUACCCUGAAGUGCGCGCCGCCGUCUCCAACAUCGAUGACCCCACCAUGCCCGUCAUGACCUUCCGUGCGUGGACCCUUGGUCUGCUCUUUACCAUUGUCAUCCCAGGCGUCAACCAGCUUCUCAGCUACCGAUACCCCACCACCACUAUCACUUCCUUCGUCGCACAGCUGCUUGCAUACCCCAUGGGUGUCUUCAUGGCCAAGGUUCUACCGACCAAAGUCUUCAAGACUCCGUUUGGCAGCUUCACCCUCAAUCCUGGCCCGUUCAACGUCAAGGAGCACACCAUCAUCACUGUGAUGAGCAACGUGACCUACCAGCGUGCUUACGCUUCCAACGUCUCGGCGGUUCAGCGCAUCACCUACGGAUUCGACUGGGGCUUUGGCUACAUUAUUCUGCUCACUCUCAGUUCGCAGCUCAUUGGUUUCUCCAUGGCUGGUUUCUUCCGUCGAUGGCUCGUCUGGCCAGCUGCAAUGAUCUGGCCAGGUAAUCUCGGCAACACAGCGCUUUUCAGCGCCCUUCACCGACAGGUCGACACCGGCAGCAACCACAUGUCGCGAUACAAGUUCUUCAUGAUCGCCGUCUCCUGCGCUUUUGCGUGGUACUUUGUUCCUGGUUACCUUUUCGCCCUCAUGUCGGUCGGCAACUGGUUCUGCCUCAUCGCCCCCAACAACGUCCCUCUUAACCAGAUCCUUGGUACCCAGCAGGGCCUUGGCCUUAUUCCCCUUACGUUUGACUGGAACCAGUACUCGUACAACGGUAACCCCAUUUAUACUCCGUGGUGGGCACAGGCCAACGUGCUUGGUGGCUUCUUGUUCUGCUACUGCUUCAUCGCCCCGAUCCUCUACUACAAGAACGUCUGGAACUUUGCCUACCUUCCCUUCUCCACCAGUGGUGUCUAUGACCGAUUCGGAAAAAAAUUCAAGACCUCUAAGGUUACUACCCCUGACCACCUUCACUUUAACCCAGCGGGUUACAACGCCUACUCGGAGCAGUACUUCUCGGUCACCUAUGCCGUGUCAUUUGCGCUCUCGUUUGCGUCGAUCACCGCCAUCGUUGUUCACGUCGCGCUCUUCCACGGAAAGCAGAUCUACAAGCAGUUCACCACUUCGAUCAACGCCGAGCGCGACGUUCACGCGCGUCUUAUGCAAAGAUACCCCGAGGUGCCCAAGCUCUGGUACGCCAUCCUCUUUCUGAUCUGCUUUGGCAUGGGUGUCGGAUGCACUGCCGGCUACGCCACCGACUUCCCCGUUUGGGCCUUCAUCAUCUCACUAAUCAUCGGCGCGUUCUUCAUGCUACCGGUUGGUAUCGUGUACGCCAUCUCCAACGUUGAGGUUGGUCUAAACGUCAUCUCGGAGUUCAUCAUUGGCUACAUGCACCCUGGCUCGGCUACCGGCAUGAUGAUGUUCAAAGUUUUUUGCUACAUGGCUGUCUACCAGGGUCUCUCGUUUACCGGCGAUAUGAAACUCGGCCACUACAUGAAGGUUCCUCCUAGGGACAUGUUCAUUGCCCAGGUCACCGCCAUUGUCGUUUCGUCCUUUGUUGUUCUCGGCGUUCAGAGCUGGGUCUUCUCCAACAUCAAGAACGUCUGCACACCUGAAGCUGCUGACAACUUCACCUGCAACUACCUCAUUGUCUUUGGUACUGCUUCACAGAUUUGGGGUCUCAUCGGACCUGGCGCUGUCUUCUCGCCGGGUAAGCAGUAUGGCAAGCUGUUGUGGAUGUUCUUGGCUGGUGCCAUUUUCCCCGUCAUCGUCUGGGCUCUUACCAAGAAGUUCCCUCGCUCGUUCAUUCGCAAGGUCAACUCGCCCGUCAUCUUCACCGGUACCGGACUCAUGCCUCCUGCCACGGGUAUCAACUUUACUGCCUGGGCAAUGUGUGGUUUCGUGUUUAACUACAUCUUGAAGAAGUACCGCACCGGCUGGUGGACACGAUACAACUACGUCUUGGGUGCUGCGCUCGACACUGGUACCGCGAUUUCAGCAGUGAUCAUCUUCUUCUGUCUCAUCUUCCCUUCGGGCAAACAGAGCGACUUUGCCUCCGACGGCUGGUGGGGCAACACGGCGCCUUACAACACGGCAGACGGCGAAUUGGCCUCAUACCUCACUGCUCCCGAGACCGGAUUCGCCCCGGCGCCUGCCGACUUUAGGCCUUACAUGGCGUAA